AUGACAUCACAUCUUCCCUAUUACAUUGCGAGGGAUUCAUUGGAGCAGUAUAUCCGCGACUAUGUGCCUGCGUGUCGUGUAUCAGAGAACACGUCAUGGUCGCCACGUGCACAGACUCCGAAGACUGACCGUGUCACCGGUCAUACCGAUUUCGAUGAGGCAAAGUACAACAUAUCCACUGGUCCCGUCCCUCAGAGGGAAAUUGCACCCGCCAUUGAAGAACAUUUCCGAACCUCAAGACUUCGACACGAACUAUUCUGUGCGGCAGCAGAGUUGACAACCGAUGUCAUCUGCUCGCUCCUCAACUUGAAUCAACCCCCAGUAUGUUUGGGACACAAAGGUCUCCGCCUAUGGAAUAUCAGUACAAACUGUGGUAUCAGUACGCUGAUGGUGCAAGAAUAUGCGGUCAUGCAUGAUGGAAGCGGAAAUAGGAGCUCCUCGGGAAGCGGCUUUCUUCCGUCCGUCGUAUGCCUAGGACUUAGGACUAUCAACCAAACGUAUACGAGCUUCUUGAUCGAAGAUUCGACAAGUAUAACUUUCUUAACGCAAGCUUGA